AUGAAACUGGUUGAGGUAGUAGCAGACCACUAUAUGCUGAUUAGAAUCUUUUGCCUCCUCGUCGACAUUGCUGCGGCUCUUGUCAUCAAACAGGAACUACAAUGGCAGUUACCUAAGAGAAUCGAAAUGAUACGACGCGGUGUUUACGAAAGUUACCUUGCACGAAUGAAUUCAUUACGAGCGUUGCCUACAAAUGUUGUUCCAAUUAGGGUGUUAGACUUUGCUGAUAUCGAGUAUGUUUCGAACAUUACCAUCGGAACACCACAGCAACAAUUUGUUGUAACUCCCGAUACUGGGUCAGCAGACCUAUGGGUACCCAGUGAGGAGUGCGAAGAAGAUGCGUGCAGUGAAAAAAAUAAAUUCUCAAGCAAAGACUCAAGCACCUUUAUUGGUAGCGAUGUACAAUGGAACGCACCAGAUCUUCUGUUAGGAUACGCAGCUGGAGUGAAGGCCGAAGAUGUAGUCAGGUUUGGAGGUGUAGAUGAGCAACAACUUGAAAUCGCGAAGUGCACAUUCGGCCUUGCGCUCAACAUAUCAGAACAAUAUGACGGGGUAUUCCUUAGUUGUGAACACUUGAAGCUCACUAGUACUGUAUAA